AUGGCAAAGGUCUUUGACGCGGCCGAAGUCGCCAAGCACAAUACUCCAGAAAGCUGCUGGGUGAUCCUCUACGGCAAGGUCUAUGAUGUAACGGAAUUCUUGCCCUCUCACCCAGGCGGUAAAAAGAUCAUCCUCAAGCUCGCUGGGAAGGACGCCACCGAUGAAUAUGACCCCGUUCACCCGCCUGGAACCCUCGAAGAGAACCUCAAGCCCGAGAACAUCCUCGGUGAAGUCAAUCCCGAGACACUCAGCACGUCCCAAUCGACCGGCGAAAAGGCCACUGCACAGGCUCAAGACGACCGGCCGCCGCCAAUCGAAUCACUUAUGAACCUCGAUGAGAUUGAGGAAGAGGCUACAAAGCGCAUCUCUAAGAAGGCGUGGGCAUACUACUUCUCUGCCGCUGACGACCUCUUCUCCAAGAGCUACAACAACCAUGUCUAUAGAAAUAUCUUACUCCGACCGCGAGUUUUUGUCGACUGCACAGCUUGCGACGUCUCUACAACAUUGAUCGGCAACAAAGUCGGACUGCCAAUUUUUGUAUCGCCGGCCGCAAUGGCCCGCUUGGCUCAUCCCGAUGGUGAGCAAGGCAUUGCCAAGGCGUGCUCUCGGUUUGGCGCCAUGCAGAUUGUCUCCAACAACGCCUCCAUGACCCCGGAGCAAAUUAUCGAGGGCGUGAAGCCGGGCCAGACCUUUGGCUGGCAGCUCUACGUUCAGAACCAGCGCGACAAGAGUGAGACCAUGCUGAAGCGCAUCAACUCCAUGCGCGACUACUACAAGUUUGUCUGCUUGACGCUAGAUGCGCCUGUUCCUGGAAAGCGUGAGCUAGACGAGAAGCAGAACUUUGACUACUCUGAGCCCAGUCCCGCCAGCGGCGAGAGCAAGCCUGGUGCCGGAGGUGUUGGCCAGCAGCUUUUCUUCGGUACAGCUUGCGACUUGACGUGGAAGACAACCCUUCCCUGGCUGGCAGCUCACACCGAUUUGCCCAUCGUUCUCAAAGGUCUCCAGACUCACGAGGAUGCCUUCCUGGCGGCGAAGUAUGCCCCUCAAGUAAAGGCAAUCAUCUUGUCCAACCACGGCGGUCGUGCCGCCGACACAGCUCCUCCGGCUAUCCACACGCUUCUCGAGAUUCGAAAGUACUGCCCUGAGAUUCUGAGCAAAGUCCAAAUAUGGGUUGACGGAGGAAUAAAGCGAGGAACAGAUGUCGUAAAGGCACUGUGCUUAGGUGCUAGCGGAGUUGGUAUUGGGCGCGCUGCCCUCUUUGGACUCGGAGCUGGUGGUCAAGCAGGCGUGGAACGAACACUUGAGAUUCUCGCGGAGGAAACAGCGACAGCUAUGCGAUUACUCGGAGCUCAGAACAUCUCGGAGCUUGGACCUAGAUUUGUCAAUGCUCGACAAGUGGAACGAGAUAUCUACGAUGGAGAUGCCGGGCUGGAUCGUCAAGGCUUGUGGACAAAGUCUAAGCUGUAA